CCUUCUUCUUCUUCUUCAUCAGCAAAAACAAAAGAGAAAAUGGCUGCUGCUUCUUCUUCUUCGGCACAAGUUUUUGGGAAUAGAGAAUUAGAAGACCACAACCAGAUGAAACAACAACAUUCCACGACACCAACUAAUAUUUCAUCAACAGCUCAAGCAGCUUCGGCACAGAAGAAAAAGAGAAACCAACCCGGAACACCAAAUCCAGAUGCAGAAGUGAUAGCACUAUCUCCCAAGACCCUAAUGGCGACAAACAGGUUCAUAUGCGAGGUGUGCAACAAAGGGUUCCAAAGGGAACAGAACCUACAGCUCCACAGAAGAGGACACAACCUGCCUUGGAAGCUUAAGCAAAAGACCAACAAAGAGCCGAAGCGGAAAGUCUAUCUCUGCCCCGAGCCGACGUGCGUCCACCACGACCCGUCGCGGGCCCUCGGCGACCUCACCGGAAUCAAGAAGCACUACUCGCGGAAGCACGGCGAGAAGAAGUGGAAGUGCGAGAAGUGCUCCAAGAGAUACGCCGUCCAGUCCGACUGGAAAGCCCAUUCCAAGACAUGCGGUACUAGAGAGUACCGAUGUGACUGUGGCACUCUCUUCUCGAGGCGAGACAGUUUCAUAACUCACCGGGCAUUUUGCGAUGCAUUGGCUCAAGAAAGCGCAAGACACCCUUCCAAUUUGAGCACAAUUGGAGGAAAUUUGUACGGAGGAAGUAACACACCUAGCUUGGGAUUGUCCCAAUUGGGUCCUCAAAUAAUCUCUUCAUUGCAAGACCAUCAGAACAAUCAAUCCGGCGAUGUUCUCCGCCUCGGCACCCCCUUGCACCACCAUCACCGGCCGCCGCCUGCCGGGCAGUUCGACCAUCACAUUCUCUCACCGAAUUUUCGACCUCAACAGCCUUCGGCAAUGCCGUCGUCGGCCGCCGCUUUUUUCUUGCCCGGGGAUCAGUCCAACCAGCAGUACCAUCAUGAUCAAGAUCAUCAUCAACAACAAUCUCAUCAACAUGGGUUCUUGCCAAACAAGCCUUUUCAUGGACUAAUGCAGUUUUCGGAACUUCAAAGCAAUGCAAGCAACGUUAAUAAUAACUCUCCUUCUGGUGCUAUGCUAACCCUCUUCAAGACUCUUGCAAACUUACUAAUGUCAAUUAAUUAUCACAUUAUUUCACUAACAUUGUUUUUUUCAGGACUAUUAAUUUCCAAUCAUUUCUCCGCGGAAAACGGCACAUCUGCUGGUGGCGGAGGUGGCGGCGCGGGGGAAGGGCCUAAUAUAUUUUCAGGACACAUAGUCAGCAGCGACCAAAUGAGCGCUGGCGCCGUCCCAUCUCUCUACAGCGGGGCAAUGCAGAGCAACCAUGCCUCCGCCGUCGGCCACAUGUCCGCCACCGCGCUCCUCCAAAAGGCGGCUCAGAUGGGAUCGACAUCGAGCAACAACAGCACCGCCUCGCUCCUCCGAACAUUCGGAACAUCUUCCCCGGCCAGCACCGGCCCCAACAAAGCCUCGUUCGUAGGAAGCGGACUUUUCGGGGCGGAUCAAAACGAUCAGAGCCAUCUCCAGGACCUCAUGAACUCCUUCACCGCCGCCGGAAACUCGUCAAUCUUCGGAACCCCAUUUGGCGGCGGAACGGAAGAGCCCAAACUACAACAAAAUAGUAAUCUCCCAAUGAAUAGUAGUCUCGGAGGAUCCGAUAGAUUUACGAGGGACUUCCUUGGGGUCGGACAGAUAGUGAGAAGCGUUAGCGGAGGAUUUGCGUCAAAAAGAUCGUCAGAACAACAACAACAGCAACAACACCAGCAAAUGAGUUCAUUGGAUUCAGAGAGUAAUGCUGCGCCGUCAAGCCAAUCUUUUGGAGGAUCAGGUGGGAAUUUUCAGUAAAGAAUGAAGGGGGAGAGAAAAAAAAAAAAGGUACUACUACAAAAAGAGGGAAUUCAGACAUGAUAGAUAAAUCUCCGAUAUAAUUUUCUCGAUCAUCUACGGGACGCACCUUCGUCUUCCUGACAAGAUAAGCAACCCUCAAGUCCUGAAGAGUAUUUUGAACAACUCAGUGAUAUGGAUCAGCACAAUUUAAGCUUCUUGGAGCUGUGUCCUAUCUUUCAUGCUGCAAGUGCCCCUCAAGUGUUCUGGGGUUUUGAACAUUGGCAGCUAGCUAGAACUCUUUCGUAGUUUUAACUCUUUUUUUUUUUUUUUUUUAAGAGGACAAAUCUUUUUCCUGUUUUUCGUAUGUUGAAAUAUUGUUGUUACUUUAUGCACUAGUUGUUACUGCGAAAAUCCAAGCAGAUAGGAAGUUUCCAAAAUUCCAAACACAUCCAAUUGUCAAGUCAUAAUAAAAAAAAAAAAAAAAAUUUCAAGUUGCUUUUUGA